CGACAGUGUUCAAGAGGAGCCGGUUGACAAGAAGGCAGCAACAGUGACAGACAGACAGAGGAAAUCCAGUCUUCAUUAUGUGAAGGCCUAUCACAUGUGAGAGGGAGAGAUAAGAGGCAGGCGGAUGUGUGGUGACAUAUCAUAAUAAGCAGACUCUUAAAGCGGAAGAAUGAUGCCUCUCUUCUGGGUUGUGCUUUGGUCAACGCUCCCUCCUCUGGCUCUCUUCGGUGGUCCAGACUGUUGUACCGUCCACGAGAACAGCGGCUUACAGAAUGCGUCUCCACUGCUGGAAUCCUUACAAUGCCAUAAUGAUUACAUAUCCUAUGUCUACUGCAAGUGGAGGGAACACAAAAACAUGAAACUGCAGCUCUGGUUCAAGACAGAAAACAACAGGGAGCAGUGUAUUCCUCACGGUGCUGAAGUACGAGAUGCAAGUGAGCACAGGACUGUCCAGUGCAGAUACGAAACCCAUGCAUUUUCCAUUGGCAUCCAACACACUGUCUUCUUCCUCAAGAACAAGACACUCAGCCCUUGCUCAUCUGUCCCACACAAGCCUCUGGAUCUUUUUCAGAACUUGAGAGCGCGGCCACCAGUGAACCUGUCCACACAUGAUGAAGGUGAUGGAGUCAGACGGCUCAGUUGGUCCAGCCCCUAUGCCUCCUCCUCCUCCCUUAACAAAAACCUCACGUAUCAGCUCAGCUUUAAGACAGACAGACAGGACAACUGGACGUCUGAGGACGUCACAAACACCAGUAUGAAACUGGAGAAGCCAUUGUUGCUUCCGGGUCGCAAGUAUGAAGCCAGGGUGAGGGCCCGGGCCAGUGUGGGUCAGUGGAGCGACUGGAGUUCCGUGGUGACCUGGAACACUGAACAAGACACUGGGCGGUUUCCCAGUUUGCACUGUGUGCUGGAUGGAGAGAAGGAGGUGACGUGUAGCUGGGAGGUGAGCAGAGAGGUGGAUCUCUUCAUUACCUAUGAGCUGGCAUGUCGACCCAACCAGACUGCACCGUCUAACAGAUGCUGUGAGAACCCAAAAGUCAGCUCUGACCUCAGCAGGGCGGUGAUGAGGUACAGCUGCUCGCUCGAUGCUUCACAUCUGCUGCUGGAGCUCCUACCAGUACGCAAUGCCAAGAGUUUUAAGGCCGACCAACACAUUCGUCCGAACCCCCCGCAGCAGGUAAAGGUGAGGAAGCAAGACAGCAACUGGAUGGUGGAAUGGACUGAGCCAAACACAGCAUCAAAACUCACACUGUAUUAUCAGGUCUCGUAUUACAGGACACAGGAUCAGGGAUCUCCUGUCCUGCUGAACACUUCAGGGGGGUCCAUGUCAGAGAGCAUCCUGGACGCCUCUCUUGUCCCGUCCCAGCGUUACCAGGUCAGCGUCAGGUCGCUGCUCGCCACUCCCGAGUAUAAGGGAAUUCCCUCUGAAUGGACUGAUCCUGUGGAGUGGACCUCACAUGAGGGUAUACAUGAGGCCACCUGGUCCCUAUCAACCCUGAUCUAUUUCACCACCAGUUUGUUUGUGGCCGCAGUCUUCCUCACACUCUACUGCACCAUUCCGGCUUGUCGAAGGAGGGCAGUUCUGUGGGUUGACUCAGUUCCAUCUCCUGGCAAAAGCAAAAUCCUGUCUGAGUUCAAGUCUGGCUCCAGCGGGACUCUCAUGCAGAAUGAGAGCAUGGCCAUCUGCAAAGUGCUGCGUUUGGACAAAGCGUCAACAUGCUCUUCAGACGCUUUGCUGUGGCCAACCAAGGACACUGAAAAUAAUUGUCUGGAGCAGGACGGCGGCUGCUGGAAGUGUGAUAGCGUGCUCUGCCCUGGUGAGAAGGUUGAACCCUCUGACAUGUCCUCCAUGAGCUUCAGCGGGCCGUACAUCUUCUGUCAGUCACCGGAGCCAAGCUGCAAGUCAGCGGAUGUCAAACGUGAAGACAAGGAGAAAGAACAAGAAACCCCAUCGGGUGACUCGGCGUCUCCUUCCCCGGUGAAUUUCAGCCUUUACGGGGAAGGUUAUGUGUGUCUGCCCAACCGCAGCGUCUCCAGGUCCACACAGGAUCUCAUAUCUCACAUCGACGCCAGCACAAACACACACAGGCACGACAGCGCCGAGCAAGACCAACAGUGUCCCGAUAAGAUGGACGGCCAGCCAGGCCUCAGCGAGCCCGCCAGCAGCCACCAACCUCCAGCCUACAUCUCAGGACUUUUCACUCCCUGGCCUCAAGGUAGCACCGCACAGCCCUCUGGGUACUGCCACCUCCCCGCAGCUUUCAUGAGAGCGUCACAGUGACCUGCAGCGUGCAAGGGAAGAGCACAUCAAGGAGGACCUUAUAAGGCUUUCUCAGCAGAUAUAACAAUUAAUCAAUCAGUGAUUUCUUAUUUUUUAUUUUUUAUACACUUUCCACUUUAUGUUAAGCUACAUCUGCUUCCAUGUGGAAGAGAUGCAAUCAUGUGUAAUAAUAAAUAGGUUUUUACACAUUUGAAAGGACCCAUUUUGCAUGUCUUAUCAGACCAACGUCAGGUUGGAUGUCUGACCAAUGGAGGGCAGUAGUGAGCUGAGCCUGUGAGGGCAAUGCAAGUACAGUACAUCUAAGGGAUGGACUUCAGUAUGGCAAACAAAAUAAUCCUGUCUUUUUGGAAACUUUUUCACACAUUCCAGGGCUGAAUGAAAUAACAAUUGCACCUUGAAAUCUUAUAUAAUAUAAAUCAACAGCUCUGCUUGAUUGUUAUGUUGAUUGUUAUGUUGAAAAGUAAUGAUUUACUUACAUGUAUAUAUUUCCAAGCAUGUAAGGCGUUAACACACAUAAUGUACAUGUCUAAGCACAGAUUCUUAAGAGGUGUGUAGAAAAGUCGUUUUUUUUUUUUUACUUCCUUAAGGCUCUGUCUCUCUCACAAAAGAGGUAAAAAGCAGAACUAUGUCAACUGCAGUCAUGGGAAAAUGUGUAAUUUGUGUUGACUUCCAUGUUCGCUGCGGUCAUGUAUGCAUGUUUGCACAAUGGUGUGAGUUAAGACCUUGUUGUCAAUGUUGAAGCCUAUGUGUUGCUGAAUGUAUAUACAGUAUAUAUAUAUAUAUAUAU